UUCCUCGCUAGAAGAAAUCAAGUAGUCCCUGUGAAACAAUACAUAUAUGAACAGCAGUGUAUGCUAUUCAUGUUAUGAUAUGAAUUUUUUAUGUAUUACCAGAUACUGCAGCUGUAUCAUAAUCAUUCAAACUCUCGCGACCAACCGCUUUCAUUACAUAUUAUUUUCUCAUUUUUAUGUUAAGGAACGUGCUAGCGGGAUUUUGUGUUUUCUCGGAAGUGAGAAAGUGAGUCCUAAUUCUUGUAGGCGUUUACACCGGCCCGAAGUGUGAAAUUAUCUGGACCACUAACUUACAUCCAUAGGGCGGAGGAAUCUCUAGCACUGGGGGCUGAGCGCGUGACGCAGCUGGUUGCUAGGUGUGGGUGACCUGAUGCAUUGACUAAAUUAGCCGAUUCUCAGUCAUCAGCUCCAUCACAACAAAGCAAGACCAAAAGCACUUCAGUCCUAGACACUCCGGAGGAGACAUGGCUUUUUAAUUUACUAGAGACUUCGAUCCUAAAGAAACGCCGUGCUUUGCUUUUGCAACGCACCCAAAGCCAAAACAUUUAAGCAAGAAUGGAGUUCCAUAAUGCACACCAAGCCCUAUUUUCUGUGGCUCAACUCUCAAACUUCAUUAUCGUGCACUGUAAGCUCAGACGUUUGAAUCGUAGGACCAACCGAAAGGAUGAUGACAAUGUCAGCACCCAUUUGGAAGACUCUACUCGUCUGCCCGGCAGACCCCCUCACUCUCUCUCACCCACAGGCUAACCACAGCCAAUCGGAGGGGCGCAGAGGGGAGGGGCCAGAGGAGAACCAGCACUUAAUUGGUGAUGGUCUUAGUGACUGGAUGACGGAAGAAGUAGAUUUCUCCUCUUACCUCCCAACCCCUCACUCCUCUCCCUCCCCCAAUGCAUCCCUUCCCCCCUCGCCCCUCCAGCAUGACAUCCAGGUGCCCUCAGAUUUGGAGGUCAUGACCUCUCUGCUGCAGGAGGAGCUUGCUCAGCUGGAGGAUUACUUCCUUUCUGACCCUCUCCCAGAAAAAGCCUCGAAACUGGGCAAAUGCGACAAGAGUCCAUCGGCAGUUGGUCCACCCUCGUACUACCAGUUGCCCUACGCAUCAUAUUCUACUUCCAACCAAUCCGAAUCCAGCCCUCUACUUGUUACCCUCGCAACUGGGGAACUUGACUUGCUGAGCUUUUGUGGGGGUCCCAUUGGCCGUACCAAGAUUCCUAGACAUGCCCCUUACAGUUGCAGCCGCCCCAACAGCAGCAUCUGCAGCCGCAAGAGAGUUUCCGAUGACGUGAGGGUGGGUGACAGCUACGAGAGUAGCAUCUGGAGCUCCAAAGGAAAUUCCUCAGGUAACUCAGCUGUUGCACCUGGUGGGAGCUACAGCUGUGCUGAAGAUGAACGGGUGGUAGGCAAAGGCUACUGCCUAGGCAGUGCAGUGGAGAUCAGGAGGUGUGCCAUUUUACCCAAAGAGGAGAAGAACUGCCGCUACACGGAAGAGGCCGUCGGCACAAACAAGCCCGGCAGCAGCAGUGGGUACAAUUUUAGCGGAUCUGUUCAAGUUCCCCAAAAGAAAGAAGAAAUGAUGAUGUACGGCAUCAGAGAAGUCAAUUUAAGUGGCAUAGCAGGAAGUGCAGAGAUGGAGAUGAUGAGUGAAGCCAAGAAUGGUGCUAAUGAUGUGAAGGCCAGCAUCCCCUGGAAGUCCGAGGCCAACGAAAGCUGUUUCCUCCAAAGUUCAUCCCAAGAAGAGGCCUACCAAAGCUUCCUUGGGGCCAUCAAUGACCCAGUGAAACCAGAGAGCAUUGAGAUCCUCCGGCAACAUAACUUCCACUGUGGCUUUCUCGAAGGCCAAAGCCCCGACUGCCUGAGCGGUGACCGCCACGGACCUGAAAUGGGGUCCCCUUGUGCCAGAGGAGUCUGUGUGCUGAAAGACGACCCAUGCAUUGUGAAAGCAGACCUAGAGGUGCCACUAAUUGAGGUGAACCAUGGUGAACGCAAACAGAAGAAGAGAGACCAGAACAAGACUGCAGCUCACAGGUAUCGCCAAAGGAAGCGAGCAGAGUUGGACACAUUGGAGGAACAGCUACAUGGCCUGGAGGGUAAAAACCGUGAGCUACGGGACAAGGCAGAAUCAGUGGAGCGGGAGAUCCAGUACGUGAAAGACCUCCUGAUUGAGGUGUACAAGGCCCGCAGCCAACGCCUCAAACAGGAAACCAGCGCCUGACCAAAAGCUCGACCACCUGACAAUGGUCCUGCAAGUAGAAUUGUUAGCAGUCUGAAAGGCAAUUGAGAUUUGAGUUGUGUCUUUUUUUAGGAUGUGGUGGAGGUUGUACUAUUGCACGUUACUCAAUCAUUUCAUUUUCGUUACAAACUGACAAAAGUCCAUCAACAGCUGCAGCACAGACAUCCACUUUCUCAGAAAUAACUCCAGAUCAGUCGAUAUGCACUGUGAUUAUGUCUUUGACUGUAAUGACAGCCGUUUUUUUUAUUGUUUUCUCCUACGUUUCUCAAGAGUGGCUUGACGGCUCAUCUUCUGGUUUCCAUAAAUGAGCUUUAACAACAGAGCGUUUACUGUUCAGGAUUGACCACUGAAUAACGCAAGAUCAAAUCAAACACAUCUCCAUUUAUUUAGAAUAGGCUGUAAGGUAAUAUCACAAAUUCCGCAUAUGGCCUGCACUGAUUUUAAUUUAUACAGAGGCUGUUUAUUCUUUUACAUUUAUUUAUUAGCAGUUUUAACAUUUAUGGUAAUAAUACUAAUGAUGUACACAAUCAGUACAACAUUGGUAGUUCCUUUUUUCCUUCCAUAUAUUAAUUAAGGAAUGAGAACUGAUAUUAAAAGCAAUCUGUUUCUUAAAUAUCGAGUUUCAGGGGAAGCACUUCUCAAAAUAAAUUUCCCUCAGGAAUAAUGAACCUGAUGAUGUGUUUUUGAAGCCCCAAUUUUAGGUUAGUCCUGCAGCUCAGGUAUACAAUUUAUGUCCAAAGUCAUGGAGGUAUGUCAGUUUGUAACUCAAUGCUGAAGAUAUGGCACUGCCUAAUAAUGUUAUGUGUGUUGAUUCCCUGUAUUUUUGUCCUUGCAUGCAGACGAUUUCAUGGCUCUUUAUAAAGAAGUUUGUUUUUCUUGCGUCUGAAUGACGUUACAGCAAAAGUCUUUCUUGCAUAAGAAGUCCUAUUUUAUAUUCUCUUAGCUAACACGUUUCAUUAGAGGUGAAUGAGUGGCAUUUGAUUCACAAACUACUGUUUGGCCCAACGUCUCUGCUGUUAUUGCGACUACAAUCAGGGUUUGUGAUUUUAUAAAGCUUGUUUGCUCUAAUGUACAAGAUUGUGUUGGGGACAGAACGAAAAACUUAUGGCUUUUUUAAUAAUCACUGAUAUGAUUGUGGUGGCUUUAGAAUUGCGCACUUCCAAGCUUCUUAGCAAUAUUUCAUCAACAACACAAAUUACUCCAUUUUAUUAUUAUUAUUAUUUGUUUUUAUUAUUAUUUAUUGCAUUUGCAAUCAUGCACAAUCCUUGACAAAUAUUAUGAUUUUCUGUUUUACAAUUUACAAUUUCAGGAGUUAAUUCUGGUUAUUUGUCUAGUGACUUGCUCGAAUAGGAGACGUGCAUUGAUCACAUUUACAACAAUAACAAAGAAAUCAACUGCAAAUCAGGCUUUGAUUAGUUCCUCUUUUUCUUUCUAAUUUUUUUUUAGGGAUUUUUUUUUCCGAAGUGUGGUUGUGUACCUUACUACGUAGCAAUAUUGCAAAUAUAAUUUAAUUCUUCCAGAUAAGCAACCUAGAUACUGAGAGAGCUUAGCAUAUCACUUAAUAUAUGUUUUCCUUGGCGUUAUACAAUCAUGUUUAUGAAAUAUAGCUAAUUAUGCGCUGUGUUGUAUGGUCAUUUUGUGAAGUUGAGAAUUUUAUUUCCCUUUUUUUUAUUACAAUCCAACAUGAAGGCACACGAUUUCCAAGAGUUUACACCAGCUAUAAUACUAAGACUAGUCAUUUUGUACGAGGCAUUUCGAUGUAUCGUCUCCGAUUAAAUUCUUUGUGUUUCCUGUUAUUUGACUGAAUUAAAAUAAAGUGCUUUGUGUCAGCAGCA